UUCAUGGAAGAAGGACCAUGAAGCUCCAGAUGGCUCUGCUUCUUCUCUGGCUCCUGAGCUGUAUCCCUGAGAGGUCGGCCAAGGACCUGAGAGGCCCCGGAACAGUGACCGGCCUGGCUGGGAGAUCCCUGACUAUCCAGUGCCAGUACCAGGAGGGAUGGGAGUCGUCUGAAAAGUACUGGUGCAGAGGAGAAGUCUGGGAAUACUGCACCAUCAUCAUCAGCACCUCAAAGUCCGGGCAGGAGAGGAGGAGUGGCCGAGUGUCCAUCAGAGACAACCACCAGCGACGCGUGUUCACGGUGACCAUAAAUGGCCUCGGGAAAGAGGAUGCAGACAUAUAUUGGUGUGGGAUGAAGAGUGUGUGGCUGGACCCCAAGCAUCUAGUCAAUGUGACCAUUUCCCCAGGAACAAUGAUGACCACACACAUCACCCAGAUGACAUCGGGCACACAUGAUUCCCUGACUGGGUUUGAUCUCUCUAGGCUUGAAGUCCUGCUUCCCCUGGUGUUUGCGGUUCUCCUGGCUGUUUUGGCGGGGGUCUCCCUCCUGUCGUGGGGAAUGGUGUGGAGGCAGAGGAAGGCCACGGGAAGGUCUGCGACAACCCUGAAGUCACAGGGCCUGAAGCCCCCUGACAGUGCCCUGAGCCACACGGAUCUGCUGACCCACCUGGAAAAGCCUACCACCCUCACUGCAGACCCCCACGGGGACAAGGUGACUUCGGCUCUGCCUUCUCUGCUCCCCAGUGCCCAUGAGGAAAUGGAAUAUGUUACCAUGGCUUCAUUCAGGAGAAAGGAUGUUCCCUGUGCCCCAGGGUUCACCUCAGACCAGGCCCUGAUCUAUGGCAAUGUGGGGUCCCUUGCUCACUUUGCCCACCAUAGGCAUCCCACUGGGGAAACAGAGUACACCUUAGUAGGGAAGGGUUAGGCUGCCCAGGAGUGGUGGCCUUUCCCUCGUGCAGACGUGUCCCCUUGUCCCCACCCCCUGUGCCUUUCUGCCUCCUCCCCGCUGGCUUGGGGACAGAGGCUCCCGACAAUACAUUGGAAGCUCCCAGUUUGAGCCGUGCUCCCUCUCUCUGUCCCUGGGUCCCCAGCACCCACAGAAAGAGGCCCCAAGGCCAUGUUGCCUGGUGGAUAGGCUCAGGACCAGAGGGUGCAGGACCCAAGUUC